UUUCAACCAUUUAAAUUUGGGAAAAAAUUUAGGUCCCGUUUUCAAUUUCUUCUCGUUUCAAUUCACGAAUUUUAUCAGAUCUGAUUCAUCCGAAUUCCAAUUUUCCAAUUGAAGUCGCUUUCCACGUCACUCGUUAUCCCGUUAUCCCGAAAAAAAGAAACUUGAAUUUUCGAUUUGGUUUGUGAUCCCAAAAAGAAAGAAAGGGAAAUCUACAAGAAGAGAGAAAACAGCAACAUGUUUCGCUUUGAGCAGGAGAAGAUCCGAAAACGAGUUUGAUUAUAAAGUUGUUUUCUUUUCGAUAAUCUAAGAGUUUUCAGCUUGGUGGGUGUUGUCAUGGCCGACGCUCUCUCGUUGAUUCCGGCAGCCGUGCUUCGCAACCUUGCUGACAAGCUCUACGAGAAGCGUAAAAAUGCAGCUCUUGAUAUUGAGGGGAUAGUGAAGCAGCUAGCUACCGCUGGGGAUCAUGAUAAAAUAACAGCUGUUAUCAAUUUGUUGACUACGGAAUUUACUUAUUCACCACAAGCCAAUCACCGGAAGGGAGGAUUGAUAGGAUUAGCAGCUGCAACUGUUGGGUUGACUUCUGAAGCCGCUCAGCAUCUUGAGCAAAUUGUGCCCCCUGUGUUAAAUUCUUUCUCUGACCAAGAUAGCAGAGUUCGUUAUUAUGCUUGCGAAGCACUUUAUAACAUUGCCAAGGUUGUGAGAGGGGAUUUUAUUAUUUUCUUCAAUCAGAUCUUUGAUGCGUUAUGCAAGCUUUCAGCAGACUCAGAUGCCAAUGUACAAAGUGCUGCUCACCUCUUAGAUAGGCUUGUGAAGGAUAUUGUGACUGAAAGUGAUCAGUUCAGUAUUGAAGAAUUUAUACCACUGUUGAGGGAGCGCAUGAAUGUUUUGAAUCCUUAUGUCCGCCAGUUUUUGGUAGGAUGGAUUACUGUAUUGGAUAGUGUCCCAGAUAUUGACAUGCUGGGGUUUCUUCCGGAUUUUCUUGAUGGCUUGUUUAAUAUGUUGAGUGAUUCAAGUCAUGAAAUACGUCAACAAGCUGAUUCAGCUCUUUCGGAGUUUCUUCAAGAGAUUAAAAACUCCCCAUCUGUAGAUUAUGGUCGCAUGGCAGAAAUCCUGGUACAAAGGGCUGGUUCUCCUGAUGAAUUUACUAGGCUAACAGCUAUCACAUGGAUAAAUGAGUUUGUGAAGCUUGGUGGAGAUCAGCUUGUUCCAUACUAUGCUGAUAUUCUUGGAGCCAUUUUACCUUGUAUAUCAGAUAAAGAAGAGAAAAUCAGAGUUGUUGCUCGUGAAACCAAUGAAGAGCUACGUGCCCUCAAAGCGGACCCAGCUGAAGCGUUUGAUGUAGGAGCAAUCCUCUCGAUUGCCAGGAGGCAAUUAUCUAGUGAAUGGGAGGGUACUCGAAUCGAAGCUUUGCACUGGAUAUUAACCCUUUUAAAAAAAUAUCGUAACGAGGUUUUGCAAUAUCUGAAUGACAUAUUUGACACCCUGCUCAAAGCACUUUCAGAUCCAUCGGAUCAGGUUGUUCUUCUUGUUCUUGACGUUCAUGCAUGCAUAGCAAAAGAUCCUCAGCAUUUUCGGCAACUUGUUGUUUUCCUGAUGCACAAUUUCCGGGUAGACAAUUCCCUUUUGGAGAAACGUGGUGCUUUGAUAAUUCGCCGGCUUUGCGUGCUUUUGAAUGCUGAGAGAGUCUACCGUGAACUUUCCACUAUACUCGAAGGGGAGUCUGACCUGGAUUUUGCUUCAAUUAUGGUCCAGGCUCUAAAUUUGAUAUUACUCACAUCAUCCGAACUGUCCGAGAUUCGAUAUCUUUUGAAGCAAUCACUGGUUGAUCCUGCUGGGAAGGAUUUAUAUGUUUCUUUGUAUGCCUCGUGGUGUCAUUCUCCAAUGGCAAUUAUAAGUCUCUGCUUAUUAGCUCAGACUUACCAACAUGCGAGUGCUGUGAUCCAGUCUCUGGUUGAAGAGGAUAUUAAUGUCAAAUUCUUAGUCCAGCUUGAUAAAUUGAUUCGCUUGCUGGAAACUCCAAUAUUUGCUUAUCUAAGAUUGCAGCUUCUAGAACCCGGAAGAUAUCCAUGGCUGUUUAAAGCAUUGUAUGGUCUUCUGAUGUUGCUUCCUCAGCAAAGUGCUGCCUUCAAGAUUCUCAAAACUCGCUUAAAAGCCGUGCCAUCAUACUCCUUCAAUGGUGAGCAAUUGAAAAAAACAUCCUCGGGGAAUCCCUAUAAUUUUCUCCAAAACAUGUCUGGUGGAUCUCAAAUCAAUGAGGAUGGUGAAGUAGCUUUGGAUCGUGGGAACUCACUUAAUGGGAUAAAUUUUGCUGCAAGGUUACAACAGUUUCAGCAAAUGCAACACCAGCAUCGUGUGCAUUUCAAAACACAGACGCCCAAAACUUCCUCCUCCUCUUCAAAGGAGGCACAGAGACACGAAGAACCGAAGCAACCUCAGUUGAGUGAGGUUAAUGCUGUUGCUCCUUCAAGAUCAUCUAAAAGAGCCCAGGGUAGCUAGAACAUUACUCAUUGCCCAUAUUGAGUCAAUCUUAUUGUGCACUGAUCCCAGUGUAUGUGAACUUUGAAUGGGAUCGGGAUUGAUUUGUAAAAUUGUAAAUCAUAAUAGCUCCUUUCAUUGUACUUAUCAUAGAAGGUUGGGGUGGUGAAGGGGAUGGGUUUUUGGAAUCAUCAUGAAUAUAAAGCUUGGGCUUUUCUGGGCUAUUCUUUUGACCUUGUAAUCGAAGUGUAUACCCACGUGGUUCUGUUGUUUUUGUUGAAAACCAUGUGGGCUAGAGGGGAUAUUUUAUUUAGAAAAAUUGCUUUUUGUUUAUCGUGUCAUGUGCUGCCAUAUAUAUAAUAAUAUAACAAAGAAUUAGCUGCUUAGUUGUUCUUC